GACCCGGGACGGAGGAAUGGCACCGGUCACCCGAUAUCCGGAUUGAAUAAAAACAGAGCGAACGGAAGGGACGAAGAGCAAACUUAGCGCGCUUGGGUUCUGUGGAAUUCUCUCUCUCUCUCUGUCCCCCUCCCCCCUAAACCGACCAAACCGUCCUAAGAAAACGAAAAAUAAUCCCCCAAAAAAACCCACCACGGCGAUCAAAACCUUAGAUCCCUCUCUCGCUUGUCUUUUUUUUUCCUCUCAUGCGAUCCUUGUCUUCUCCUCCUCCCUAGGGUUUGAUGCCGUUCGAACCCUUGAUGUCCUCUAGAUGGACGGCACCUGCCCCUUCUCCCUCCGGUCCUUUCUGAUCGUCGCCUUAGCCACAGCUCUGUGCUGCCUCUGCGCGCUCUGGGCCUUCGGCGGGGUCUUCAGGAAGGCCGAGGCGAUCAAGAACAAGAAGUCGUCCUGCAAGUGUGUGUGCUCCUGCGGCGGUGGGGGGGACUCCGGCACUGCCCGGGCGAACGGGGAGAUGGCGAUGUGCGGCGAAAAGAGGACCGCGACGGCGGAGCGGCAGGUUGGGGGUUCGAUGAUGGAGCAGCUGGUGCCGGAGAUCACCACUCACGCUCUCAGCUACCUGGACUACACUAGCCUCUGCCGCCUCUCCAUGACCAAUUCCGCCAUGAGGAGGGCUGCCAACGAUGAUGGGGCCUGGAAAGCUCUCUAUCACAAGGACUUCACAGUGGAACAGGACAGCAUCACCCCAGUUAAUGGAUGGAAGUCUUAUUAUGCUGCUACCAAGGCCAUUAUUAAUGUCAAUGCAGAGUUUUAUAACAUCAUUAGAGAAGGAUCUCUACCAGCAAUGAGUCGCUUUUGGCUUAAUGCAGACUAUGUGCAGUGCAUACAUGGCUCUGGAGAGUUAUUUAUGGGGUAUACUGCAGUGAUUGACAGUUGGGCUCUUGCAUUCAAUUGGGCUCAAGGAGGGGGUGGUCAAGGUGUUACCUUUCAGAUACGGAAUGUACGAGCUCGUGUGCUCAGUGACAUGGCAUGGAUUACUAUGAAAGCUUAUGUUGAUCUGGACUCAGGGCCAUUCCAUGUGACCAAUAUCUAUGAGUUUCACAACAAGCGGUGGUACAUGGUUCACCAUCACAGUUCAGUAAUGCUCAUGGAUGGGGAUCCAGGACCCCACAAUCUUUUAGGUUGAAGCGGAUAGGAAAUACAGCAAUUGCAAUACAUCUGAAUGUGGCAAAAGCUCUGGCUUCUUUUUUUUCUCUUCAGUUUAAAUUUCCUUAUGAUUUUUUUCCCAUUUCACCAUUGGAAGUUUUUUGUAACCUCACCUGUCUAGACUGUUAAUAUAUAUUUGUCAUCUGUUUUCUGUCCAAAGGCCAUAAUAUAUUCUUUUAUUUCUUUGAACUUUUUUUCAUUUCAUCCUGAGAUGAUUUUGGACA